AUGGAGGAUGAAGCCGCGGCCGAGACUACCUCGAUCGAUUUCUCCUUAGUCUUGUCGAAUGGCAGCGGUGAUGCGGCUGGUGGCAGCCGCACGGAGUCGCCGCCGCGCGACAAGAAGGGGAUUAUGCGAGCCGGCCGUGGUGAUGUGCACCACCCGAUGCCCGCCAUACCAGUACCGAAGCCGACACGGCCGCAACCGCCCACCUCGUCGACCUCGUUCGGAGAUGAGGCGUCCGACGGCGGUGCAUCAUCACCGGUCGCCUCUCCUGCCUCGGCGCACGUGGAAACGUCUCUCACGUCUUUUCAGGCGAUUCACCCGGCAGCGCUGCCGUGCACGGGACAACUCGCCCGCCCCUCCUUGAAGAGGGACGCGAGCCUUGACUUCAUGCGAGCCAUACAGCGGUUCGACUCGGAGGACUUCCCGGAACCGCAGAGUCGCAGCACCGACAGCCGGGGCCACGACGGCGACAGCGAUGACAACGGUAACGGCGCCAGUGCCAAGCGACAGUCUCAGCAAGGUGCCGCAGGUGAUGAUGCCGUCAACGGGGACGAACGGACGACUCAGGCGCGGGCGCAGUCACCGUCGCCAACGGCCCCAUCUCGGCAGCUGCUUGUGUCGCCUCAGCAGCCGACCACCUCCACCCUCAUCGCCACCACCGCCGACGAGACUAUAAACUUCGAGGAAGAGAAGAAUGAUGACGCGGAUGAUAAGAUGGCGGCACCGGUGGCUGCUGCCCCGCCGCCAUCCCGUGCGAGUGCCGUCGGACAAACGGCACCUCCCCCACCCCAAGAGCAGCACCAGCGUCCUGGCACGGCGCUGGCGCCCUCCACGAAGCCGAGAGCCACUGCACACGAGUCACCGCCGCCGCUGUCAUCACCGACGACCGGCACAACGCCUGUGACGGACAUAUCCGGAUGGAAACCGCAGACCCCGACGUCGCCACCCCCGCAACAGGCAAAGAAUGAGCAGCGGCAGUUCUCUCCUUCGUCGCCGCGCAAUACCAGCCCUAGCUGCACCGUCUCCGCGGCCACGGCAGCGACGACCACGGGCGCAGUCGACAUUGGCGGCGCAGCGCUGCCCACGGCAUCGCUGGCGAGCCUCGGGCCCUCUGCCUUUCCCGAUGCGGACCCGCCGCACCUGAGGGUGCUGUCCAGCAGCAUGCAGAACGAUGACGACCCGAUGUACUGCACCGUGAGCGAGAUCUCGAUGGCGAAUCCGGUGACGCCGCGCGGCGGCACCUCGCUGCCACUCUUGGGUAUCAACACUAACUUCCAGCAUGCCCGUGCCGCUUCUGGGGGAAGCCUGUACCUCUCCCCUGCCCGCCAUUCUUUUCGCCCAGCCGCGGCAGGUCACCGAGUGCAGUCGUCAGACUUCUCGCUCGAUGAGUCCAACGCGCUCCUGACGCUGAACACGCCUCGCAAGAUCGUGAAGUCGGCGACAGCGGCACCAAAGGAAUCGACAUACUUUCGAGACGAAACCUUUGAGGACGACGCCGAGCUGGCGUCGACGUCGACGCCAGCUCAAAGUAUGCUGGACCUGCAUGGCAAGCCCCUGUCCAGUUUCGUCCAGCCGACUCUGGUGAAGCGAACAGCCGAUGGUCGCACGACCGCGGGCGGCGGUCGGCUCUCUCAACCAGCGUCACCACGGCAGCUGCAGCACCUCUCUGCCCCGCCGGCAAUCAAUGCAGAGCUCAAGCACCACGCAGGGCGUGAGGAGGGGGAGGAUGAGAGGGAGCCCACACUCAGACCGUCGAGCACUCCGUUGCCGCGGGAGACUCGGGUCGGGGGCGAAGGCGCUCCUCGUAGGCGCGGGAGCGCGUCCUCGAUCUUCAAGUCCUUCCCAUCCAAAGCCAUCUGCGGCUGCAGCAGGAACUCCGUAGCAGCCAAGUCGGGCGUCGACGAGCACGGCAAGGGCGGUGGCGAGGGUCACGAUGUCAAGACGAGCGCACGCAGCACCAGCUCCACCCAAUCCACCCAAACCAGCCUCGCCUCCGGUCUGUCGCGGCUGUCCUCCAUGUUCAGGCGGCUGGUCAGCGGGGCCGCACACGGGAGCAUAGAUACGAAAACACCGCGACAGACUCGCCAGCACGAGGACGAGGCCGCCACAGCCACUGCCGUCGAGGCAUCGCUGCAGAUGGCGGCGCUGGGGAGCACGAUGCAGAAAACGGACAGCAGUACCAACCUCCGCUUCGUUGACAUGCAGGCCGGACGCAAGCAGGGGCAGCCACAGCCGGCCGUCACCCCCGCAGCGGCCUCAGCAACCGCGGUCAAGCCAAGGCGCGUGACGCCGACACGCGAGAUAACGAGCUCGUGGCACAGCGACCCCACCAACUCCCCCACGGACGAAGAGGAGGAUCGAGGGCGUGGCGAUGGCGUAGUGGGGGCGGCGUCACUGAUACCCCCAGCCGCAGCAGCGCCAGCAAUACCUGUAGAGUGCGCGGGUGACAGUGCUGAGGAGAGUAAGGGGCGGCGCAAGAGGAAGGACGCGGAAGCGCAGGAUGGCACCUCGUCGUCGGCAUCGGCAGCAGGAGGCGAUGAUCGGCGCAGCAGCGGCAGCGGCGGUGCCGAUGACGUCAAUACCUACUCCACGUCUACGCCCUUGGCGUCCGCGUCUGCCGCUGGCAAGCCUCUUCGCCGGCGGAGGGAAAGAAAGGGACGGAACGGACCACGGCGGCAUCGGCACCGCCGCGAGGGGCAAGAGCAAGCGAAUGAACAGGUCAACAGUGUGGCGAAAGUUCUCCAGGGCUGCCCGUCCUCCCCGACACCGCCACCGAAGUCGAAGUCCUCCGACAGAUCCGCAAGCAGCGACGGCGAAUCGCCGCGCACCUUCCAACGCCCCUACGAGGGUGCUCGGCGGCAGCAUGCCACCAACGACAACUCCAACCGAGGCCAUCCCGCCGACGCGGUGCCGCCGCCGCCGCAGUCGCGGAUAGCCUCUGCCGCUAUUCUCGCAGCGCGACGUCGCGAGCUGCGCGCCACGUCGCGCGUCAGCUCCUCAGUGAAUCACUUCGCUGUGUCGUGGCGCACGCGUCAAGCGACAAGGCAUCGGGAGGAGCUGCUGCGCCAUGCCGGUCAAGCACGCAUUGCCCGGCCACAGAAACGCGAUGCAGAGCGGGAGAGCGAGUCCGAGAAGGCGGCAGCUGUGGCGGCGUCGCCUCAUGCGCCUCGAUCGAAGCUGUGGGCCAGCUCGGCGCGGUCCGCGGUGGAGUCGCGUCAGAGUGGCACGGCACCGUUCCCGCCACAGCAGCUCACCCCCGGUCGGCUGGAGCAGUACGAGGCAGCCCUAACGCGCGACAUUCUCGAGUUGGACGCCAUUGUAGAGAAGCGACGACGACGUGAGCUGUGGGUGGAGGCGAACCCGGAGGCAGCAGCAGCAGCGGCGGCGGCAGAGGCAGAGGCAGAGGCAGAGGCGGUGACAGAGGCUGUGGCAACGCCGUCACGCCGGCCAUUGCGCGGCGCUGCUCAGCCCCGCACGAUGGCGACCCCCGCUCUCACGGCUGGGCCGCUGCCAUCUCGCGUGGACACCGCCACCGCUCUCACUGCCUCGACCCCGACCCACAUGAGAAGGUCAAGUGCAGCCAACACUCGCGCCAAGCACCGCUACAACGGCCCGACAGCCUCAGGCUGUCUCAACCAUCCCAACGACGACGGGGGUCGUAAGGCCAAUGAAGUGGAGUCUGCGGCGGCGGAUGGACGCGGCGGCAGGGACGGCUCUGCGCCUUUCUUUCGCGUCCGCACAGCGGACGGCGUGUGUCAGCGGCCGCAGCAGUGGCCCAGUGCGAGCGCCUCCUAUACCGCCCACACCUCUAACGCGGCCAGGGUGUUGGCCGCAGCGCGGAGGCCGGCGGCGGCGGAUAGCGGCAACGACGACGCCGAAGCCGAUCCGCAGCACUCGAGCUCGACGCGGCUGCCAGGCGAUGCAAUACGCCUCACCAUGGUGGCACUGCAGCGCAGGUAUGAGCAGCUACUCGACGAUCUCGUGGCACGGCCAGCACCGCAUCCCCCUGCAACGUCCGAGAGCGACGAAGGUGGCAACGCCACGGAUGACGAGGUGUUCAUGAAGGCGUACUCGCGGCACAACUACAGCCCGCGUCGGCAUCCGUGCCCUCAUCCGCACCUCAGCCAAGAGCAAGACAAGGGAGAACGCCAUCGCCGGGUCGCGUCCUCGUUCUCUACGCGAAGGGGGCGGUCUGCGCCGGCACCGACGCAGGUCGAUGCACUAAUGGAGGCGGAGGUGGCGCGCUGUGCCGCGGCACUGCGGGCCGAGUACUACCAACCACCGCAACGUCAACAAAACCAGCAGCAGGAGCCGUCGAAGACCACGGAGCGGGUGCCUCUGCCUCCUGCAGCGCAUGAGGCGGGUGCUGACACCGUCCCGAUGGCGCAUGUGGCAGCCUCGUACGCGCAGGCGCUGCGACCGUCGUGCGCCGCCUGCCUUCCGCAACAGCUAAGCGAGUACAUCACCUUGGGGCUGCUCUCGAUGAUGCACGGGGGUGCCGACGAGUGUGUGGACACGGCUUCUGUUGCUGCGACUGAGAAGGCGGCCAAUCUGCGGCAAGCUCACGCGCGGCCAGUCACGACGCCCACGCUCGUGCAGCGGCGUAUACACGACGACCUCUACGCCGCUCCUCGGCGUUGUUCACGUCGCCGGAUGAUGCAGGCAGACGGAGAGCAGAAUGCCACCCCCUCCGACGGGAACACCUCCGCUGCUCCGCCGAUCACGUCGGCCUCGGUCUCGUGCGGUGCUGCUCUGUCGUCGAUGCACGCGCAGAGCGCGGACGCGGCCGCGGCGGACCGCGACGUCGGCUUCUCGCCAGAAGCUAGAAUGGCGCCCCUGCCCCCAGCGCAGCUAAAGCACUUCUUCACGCCUAACCCAGUGGUCAUCGACGGUGCCUUGCUCACAAGGCUGAUGCGGUGGGAGCGCCAUGCGCGACGCGAGCGCGUUUCGCAGGAGCAGGAAGCAAGGCGCGUGCUUCAGCGGCUCUACAUUGUAGAGACCAUACUGGUGUUGCGGGCCAUGGGUACGGCGGCGGCGAUGCAGGAGCAAGAGGCGCCAGCGACGCCGACGUUGCCAACGAGUCAGGCCCUAGGCGGCCCUGCGACGGCACCCGUCAACGACAGAGGCGGCAAGGGGAGCGUCACGGCCGCUGGCCGCCUGCUGAGCCUCGCCUCGGCCGAGGCGAUGCCGUCGCCGUCCGCGCAGCAGGACAGCAACCGCAGUCGCAGUCCGCUGGCUGCAACACGAAGCAGCGGAGACGCGAGCGAAGAGGAACACUCUGCGGCUGUCGGUGUCGUGUGUGGCGACGCCGCCGCCGCCGCCGCGGGUGCGCUGCACGUGACGACGGCGUCACAAGGUGAGGGCAAGGGCACACAAAAGGAAGGCGUGCAUGCAGCUGCUGCGCCGCUGCCAAAGCACGACACCACGGCGCGGUCGCUUGCCGGGGAUGCGUCGAAGAUGCGAAGUGGUGUGGAAGUCGACACGGUGGAGCGCAAUGCAGACGACAGCUCCUCUUCGUCGGCUUCGCCAGCGGUGCUGGUGACACCAUCGCCCCAGGCAGCUGUUGCCACGGAGGUUGGCGGCGAAGCGAAGCCGGCUACGGACCACGGCAGCGAUGUUGAUCUCGCAGAGAGCAGCAGCAACAACAGCAGCAGCAGCAGCAGUGCCUCAUCAGCGCUGUCCUUUCACCUGGAGGACAGCCAAGAAGAAGCUGCCCUGCAGCACCCCGGCCCUGGCGCUGACGGCACAGAUGGGGACCAUUACCCCGUGGUGGCGUCGGGCAGCUUAACCGCGGCCGUCCCCGCCGCUGCGUCGCCGCAAGCGGCCGAGGCGCGACCCUUGUCAAUCGACAGAGGCAAGCCCAUCACUGGCAGCGACCGUCACGGCACCCUUGACGAUGUCGACGGCGCCGCCGGCACGGUGGACGACGCACCUGUUGGCAACGCUGCCGCAAGUCCACCCUCAACGGCGAAGCACACCAGUGCAGCGCCUCACCAAUCUCCUCCGCCGGUGCCACCAUCGUCUUCCGCCGUCUCCUCCGCAUCGUCCUCACCAUCCCGCAACCUGCACGUGGCCGCAGACAUGGAAGCUGCGCGAUCGGCGGCGCCUGUGCCAGAAGGCGAGGGAGCCGUCGCUGCAUCGCACAACGCAGACGACACGGGUGCUAAGGACGUGGAAGCAGUGGCCCGUGACGCCGUCCAGAGCCCAGUCACGCCCGUCGAGGCGACAAUCAGUACGGCCUUAGCAUCGGCUGCUGCUGCAGAGGUGAUACCGGAGUCUGAGCCACCAGUGAGCGCCGGAGACGACCCGAGGCGGGCGUCGGAGGGCCCACGAUCGUGGGAAAGAGAGAAACGGCGGCAGCAGCAGAAAAUGGCCACCGCCACUACGCGCAUCGCUGUGCCAGCCUCGCCCCGCCGCGUGCGCUUCUCCCUUCAACCGGAGGUAGUGAGCGGCGACGAUGGCGCGGUCGAUGAAGUUAGCGAAGCACCAAAGCAGACGUGCUGGGAGGGGCGAGAGACGUCGCAUGCAGCCGGUGCACCGCAGGCAAUGACGCCUGAGUCUGUGAAGCGCGUCGCCUCAGGGGCGGCGGCGGCGGCAGACAAGGAUGACCUCUCUAUCGAUCUCUUGGAGAAGCUCAACGGUCUGGAUGCGCUACUCCUCUACAACUUCCCAACCUACUUCACCACCGGCACCGAUGAAGACGGCCUCCCCAGCGUCGUUAUGCGUCCCCAUCGCCACCCGCCGUCAGCCGCGCCCUCGGUGCAGCCGCUGUGGCGGCACUCACCUUUGGCGUCGACGCCGCUCGUCUCGCCUCGGCCGCUGCAGCCAUAUAGAUCGGCACCAUCGCGGCACCUCUCGGAAAGCAUGUCUCCACUAGCAGAGGGACGCGAGACACCACCGUCGCCCACAGCAAGCGCAGCAGCGGCAGACGCGUCGCCGUUCGAUGCGUACGCGAGUGCCCUUCGUGGCCACCGCCCGCCGCCGCGGCUGCCGCCAGAGAGUCUAGCUUCGCAGCUGCGCCGCAAGUACAGUCUUCCCCAGCCGGUGCAGCACCGUCGCCACGAUCACUCUGCAGAAGUCACGCUGGGCCUUCCCGCAACAGCAACACCGAGUGUAGCCGCGGCGGCCUCAGCAUCCCCGUCCGCAUCUGUGUCGGGCUCAUGGCCGUCGGCGGUGCCCGCGGCGGGACGUCCUUCCCCGCAGGAAGGCAUCGACGCCUCUCACCUUGCGGUGCGGCGUUCAGUGUGGCUCUAA